AUGGUGAAUACGCUUGACGGUGCCGCUGAUACCCCCGGCUCAGAGACUCCAGUAUCCGAGUCCGGGGAGGAUCGCGACAGACAGAUCACCACUCUGGCACGUUCCAUCUCGCAAAUCUCACAAACACAUAGUGUCCGCACAGGUGUACCCUCACAGGGUGUUAACACCUUCCUCGAUCCUGCUAGUGACCCAGAGUUGAAUCCCAACAGUGACCAGUUCAAAGCGCGCAAAUGGGUGAAGAACAUUGUCCAAAUGACCUCUGCCGAUCCAGACCGGUACCCGCGUCGCACAGCAGGAGUCUCCUUCCGCAAUCUAAAUGUUUAUGGCUAUGGCACCGGGUCUGAUUAUCAGACGAAUUUUGCCAACUUCUGGCUUAAGGGUGCAGGAUGGGUCCGCAAUGUUAUGGGCCUUCAGAAGAAAGUACGGAUUGAUAUCCUGCGGGACUUUGAGGGCAUCGUUCACAGUGGUGAGAUGCUGGUUGUGCUAGGUCGGCCAGGAAGCGGAUGCUCCACUUUCCUCAAAACUAUUGCUGGAGAGACACAUGGGCUCUAUCUUGACAAGGGGAAAGGAUCUGAAGUGCAGUACGACGGCAUAUCCUGGGAAGACAUGCAUAGCCGAUAUCGCAGCGAGGUCAUCUACCAAGCUGAAACCGAGACACACUUCCCUCAGCUGAAAGUCGGUGAUACAUUGCUCUUUGCCGCUUACGCCCGAGCGCCGAGAAACCGACUUCCUCAUGUCACACGCGACCAGUAUGCGACGCACAUGCGGAAUGUGGUAAUGGCGAUGCUUGGCUUGACCCAUACUAUGAGCACAAAGGUGGGCAAUGAGCUUAUUCGGGGUGUUUCCGGCGGGGAACGAAAGCGGGUCAGUAUCGCCGAGACCACUUUGUGUCGAUGUCCUUUGCAGUGUUGGGAUAACAGCACCCGUGGACUCGACAGCUCGACAGCCCUGGAAUUCAUCAAGAACAUUCGCCUCACCACUGAUUAUACUGGAUCCACCGCUGUUGUGGCAAUCUACCAAGCUAGUCAGUCUAUCUACGACCUGUUUGACAAGACAAUCGUGCUCUACGAAGGUCGUCAGAUCUAUUUCGGGAGCGCGGCCAAUGCACGACGCUUCUUCGUCAAGAUAGGAUUCCACUGCCCAGAUAGACAAACAACUGCGGACUUCCUCACUUCUCUCACCAGUCCUUCGGAACGUCUUGUUCGUCCUGGGUUUGAAGACUCCGUUCCACGGACGCCCGAUGAGUUUGCAACGCGGUGGAAAGAAAGCCCGGAGCGCAAGCAGCUUCUUGCGGAGAUUGAAAGAAAUGCAGCCAAACAGUCUGACACGCCUGAGCAAUUCCGUCUGUCUCGUGCAGCAGACAAAGCCAGAUUUACUCGCGAAAGCUCCCCGUACACACUCUCGUAUCCGAUGCAAGUCCGCCUGUGUCUUUGGCGAGGAUUCCUGCGGCUCAAGGCAGAUAUGGCCAUGACGCUUUCCUCGCUCUUCGGAAACGUGGGUAUGUCUCUGAUCAUUUCGAGUCUUUUCUACGACCAACCAAACAACACCGACAGCUUCUACAGUCGUGGAAGCCUACUUUUCUUUGCAAUCAUGAUCAGUGCCUUCGCUAGCUCGCUGGAAAUUAUGACCAUGUGGCAGCAGCGGCCAAUUGUGGAAAAGCAUCGCAAGUACGCAUUGUACCAUCCGUCGGCGGAGGCUAUCAGCGCGUACAUUGUGGAACUUCCAUCAAAGACAUUGCUAGCAAUCGUUUUCAAUUUGAUCAUCUAUUUCUUACCUCACCUUCGGCGGACUCCGGAACAUUUCUUCAUCUUUUUCCUAUUUUCGGUAACGACAACCCUUGUGAUGUCCAAUAUCUUCCGUUUCAUCGGCGCAAUCUCGCGGUCUGUGGCCCAGGCUAUGCCUCCCGCUUCGAUAUUCAUGCUUGUCCUGGUCAUUUACACCGGCUUUACUAUUCCUCUCCGCGAUAUGCACCCUUGGUUCCGGUGGCUCAACUAUGUGAACCCGAUUGCUUACGCCUUCGAGGCGUUGAUGAUCAAUGAAUUCAGCGGACGGUCUUUUCCUUGCGCAAACUUUGUCCCAGGCAUCUUGGAAAUUUACAAAAAUGCGCCUCUCAGCUCCAAAAUCUGUUCACAGAAGGGUGCCGUGGCAGGUCAAGAUUUUAUCGAUGGAGAGAGAUAUAUUAACACGACCUUUGAAUACUACAGCCCACAUUUGUGGCGAAACUUCGGAAUUCUCUGUGCUUUCUUUGUCGGCUUCUUUGUGCUGUACAUUUUCUGCAGCGAGCUUAUCCGGGCUAAACCAUCCAAAGGUGAAGUUCUGGUGUAUCCGCGGGGCAAGAUUCCGAAUUUUGCGAAGAAUGUUCGAAAAGAUGAUCCAGAGGAAGUAAUUGCAUCAGAGAAAGGUGCAGUUUCCAGGGAACCUCAGGACACAACUGCAGCAAUUGUACGCCAGACUGCCAUCUUCCACUGGGAAAAUGUGUGUUUUGACAUCAAGAUCAAUGGAGCCCCGCGACGCAUCCUGGACGGCGUGGAUGGUUGGGUCAAACCCGGCACUCUUACGGCCUUAAUGGGUGUCACUGGUGCAGGAAAGACAUCCUUGCUCGAUGUGUUGGCCGACCGUGUCACCAUUGGUGUCGUCUCCGGUGAUAUGCUUAUUGAUGGCCGGCUACGCGACGAUUCUUUCCAGCGGAAGACAGGCUACGUGCAGCAACAGGAUCUGCAUAUGGAAACCAGUACUGUUCGCGAAGCCUUGGUGUUCAGCGCUCUUCUACGACAGCCUGCUAGCGUUCCUCGUCGAGAAAAGGUUGCAUAUGUCGAAGAAGUUAUUCGCAUGCUCGGUAUGGAAGAAUACGCAGAUGCCGUGGUAGGAAUUGCCGGCGAGGGUCUCAAUGUGGAGCAGCGUAAGCGGUUGACGAUUGGUGUGGAGCUGGCAGCUAAGCCAGAUUUGCUGCUGUUCUUUGAUGAACCAACUUCGGGUCUGGAUAGUCAAACUGCUUGGUCAAUCUGUACUCUGAUGCGCAACUUGGCCAACCACGGUCAGGCUGUACUUUGUACCAUUCAUCAACCUUCGGCAAUGCUGAUGCAGCAGUUUGACCGCUUAUUGUUUCUCGCCAAAGGAGGACGCACAGUGUACUUUGGUGACCUUGGCCCGAACAUGAAAACGUUGAUUGACUAUUUCGAAGACAAAGGGUCGAUCAAGUGCCCCAAAAACGCAAACCCGGCUGAGUGGAUGCUUGAAGUUAUUGGCGCUGCUCCAGGCUCUCAUGCGGAUAGAGAUUGGGCUGAACAGUGGAUCAACAGUGCUGAGCGCGCAGAGGUUCACAAACAACUGGCCGAAAUGAAAGUGGAACUGUCCAAGAAGCCUGUACCCAUGCAGGCUGCAGGUUUCGGUGAAUUUGCCAUGCCAAUCGGAUAUCAGACCCUGAUUUGUACUCAACGCACGUUCCAGCAGUACUGGAGAUCUCCGUCGUAUCUAUACGCCAAGACCCUCAGCUGCAUCAUCCCACAACUAUUCCUCGGAUUCACCUUCUGGCACAUGCCUACCAGUCUUCAAGGGCUGCAGAAUCAGAUGUUUGCAAUCUUCAUGUAUCUUGUUGUCUUCCCCAAUCUGGUCCAGCAGAUGAUGCCUGCCUUCUGCGCGCAACGUGCUUUAUAUGAGGCACGCGAACGGCCUUCAAAGGUCUACUCAUGGGUUGCAUUCCUGACGGCCAGUAUCUUCGUGGAGUUGGUAUGGAAUAUGAUAAUGUCAGUUCCAGGAUUUUUCUGCUGGUACUACCCGAUUGGUUUCUACCACAACGCAGAGCCUACACACGCAGUCAUUACACGAGGCGGCCUCAUGUUCGUGCUCAUUUUACUCUUCAUGAUGUUCACAUCGACUUUCAGUUCCAUGGUGAUUGCUGGAAUUGAAAAUCCUGAUACUGGCAGCGCCAUUGCUCAGACCAUGUUCUCCAUGUGUUUGGUCUUCAAUGGCGUCCUCGCGAAGUCUUCCUCUAUGCCUAAAUUCUGGACCUUCAUGAAUCGCGUGUCGCCAUUCACCUACUUUGUGUCGGCAGUCAUGUCUACUGGCCUCUCUGGGACGACGGUGCAAUGUUCUAGUAUUGAAGUUCUCACUUUAUCACCUCCAGAUGGACAGACUUGCAGCGAUUAUCUGAUCCCUUACAUUGAGGCUACCCAUGGCACAUUGUUGAAUCCCGAGGCAUCGAUGGACUGCAAGAUCUGCACAAUGUCUCAAACGGAUCAGUUCCUUGGAAACCUCGAUAUGGAUUACUCGGAUGUUCCUCGCAAUAUCGGUUUGCUGCUUGUCUACAUCGUGUUCAAUAUCGUCAUGACGUUCGUCGUGUACUGGUGGACCCGCGUGCCUAAGCGUCGGUCACGGGCCCUUGUGAGGACCUAG